AUGAAUGGCGGCCAGGAAGACGAUUCUGCGAACGGGAACCACAGCGGGAAUUGGAAUGGGAAUGGGAAUGGUAGGCUAGGGGGGUUCUAUGCUUAUCGCAAUACCUUCAAUCGGAAUAAUGUCUGGGUAGACGUUCCAAAGACAGGUACGUAUGUGAACUCGAGGUCGAACUCUACCUCGAGCCCGAAGGCAUUCCGCUCACCCGAAGAACAAGAGACUAAUGAUCCAAACUCAGUAACCUUUUGCAACGUUACGGACCCUUUCAACAUGGAACCGACCCCCGAACUCGAAUGCCCACCAGCUACAGCUUCAGCUUCAACCCCCAUUGUCGCACCGCAGAUCGAGGAGCGUGCUAGCAUUAACUAUGCACACUACGACCAGGCACAUGGGCUUGAAGCGCUCUCUACCAUUGCCACGAGCAACAUACAUUAUGCCCGGCCAUUGCCAAUUCCUGAGCAGGCGUCACUAGAUGCCACUGCGUCGCCGCAUUCUUCGAAUAAUUUGAAUUUCAUUUUGAACCCUGCUGGACCUGAAGGAUCUGCUAGCUUAGCAUCACCUCCGCUUGAUCCUGCUCUUGUCGUCCCAAUCUCCAACUCCAACAAAGGAAACGGCCCGUUUCCCGUUGAAGAUCCCGAGGUAGCAUUUCUACUCCGCCAUUUCGGCGAGACGACUGGACAAUGGAUGGAUCUUUUUGAUCUAGGAUGUUAUUUUGCACAUCAUAUUCCGGUCCUCGCCAUAUCGAUCCCGCUCCUUCGGCACUCUGCAUGCGCAUAUGCUGCGAAACAACUUGGUCGUGUACAGGGAAGGCAAGUAACUAACAACAGAAUCGUUGUCCGGCCAUCAAAUAUGGAGCCGUACCCUCACCCAGAAACCGUUGACUGGUCUUAUAUCGGCGCGAAGUACUAUGACCUAGCGAUAUCCCUCUUGAUGAAGGAACUGUCUAACCCUGGGAGUCUUGAUGUGCCAAUGACACCAAUAACGAGCAUAGAAGAAACAUUCCAUCAGGGAAGUGCACUAUCUCCACAGAGCAUUCUAAGCAGCCCUGCGAACAAGAGACGUCGCGUAUCUAGACCAACUCCGUCUAGUAAUGCCGAUGAUACUCUUGCAGCAACUGCCAUUCUUUGUGUAUACGAGUUUUUGGACAAUGCAAAUACUGCUUGGUCCCGCCAUCUUAAUGGAACGAAGACGUUAUUUGAUCUCGCGGAGGAGGAAGGCAUGAUGCCAGCUUGGUCCCCUACCAGCCCUGGGUCACUAACUCCACGUAUCAAGCCAUCAAGAGCCCGGAAGGCUACGUUUUGGAAUUUCGCUCGCCAGGAUCUUCUAGCAGCAUUUAUUAAUGAGGGUCAUACAAGAUUGGACACAGAAGACCUCGGUCUGUGGCGAGCUGCAGGGCUCCAUAUCGAUGACCAAGGCUUAGUUAUCGCCAGCAAUACAGAAGACUCGCAGUUUCCAGAAAGGAAUCUAGUUAUGCGCGAGGACAUGAUUUCAAAUGCACUGAUUUGGAUAAUGUCAAAAAUUGUCAAUUUUUUAGCGUCUGGAGACUCUGUGGACAGUGUAUUUCCUCAGGACCGAGCCAGCCCGCGUGGCUUAACUGGGCUGAAUCAAAUGGUGCUUCUUGACAGAUGGAGAGAGCUGGAAAAGGAACUUGAGAUAUGGCAUCAAGGUCUGCCAGACACCUUUCGGCCUUGUACUCACCAGCUGCCCAUUAUGGAUGGGACGCGUUCACUUGAUGAUCCGAGAUCAAUAUUUCCCGAAAUUUGGUACAGCAUACCUAUGUGUGGGUCAACUAUGCAAUCAUACCAUAUGGCCCGGGUUAUCCUUUUACUCAACAAACCUCAAGAGUCAACUGCACGCCGCUCGACUAUAUCAAACCGUCUUCAUUCUUAUCGUUCAAUCGAGGCGGAGGUUCGUGAUCACAGUUACAAAAUAUGCGGCAUGGCACUUGCUGGCCCAGAAGACAGUGUCAGAAUACACCAAGUUCAGCCAUUAUUUGUUGCUGGGCAAUGUCUUACUGAGGUACGCGAGCGACAUAUGAUCUUGGAUCUCUUGCGCGGAAUUGAAGCUGAUCUCGGUUGGGCUACUGAUUAUCGUGUACAGCAACUGCUUAAAGAAUGGGGGUGGCUUGACGAGCCUAGUUGA